AUUACAAUUAUUAAAACAUUCCUUCCUCACAGGACAGGAUAAUGUUCUUGAAUGUUUACAGAACUUUUUUAAGCAUAACAUUACACUUUUGUCAGCUCAAUAACAUCUACAUUUAUACAAUUUAUACAAAGAGACCUACGACAGAGGAACAAAAUCAAUUCAUCACACAGAGCAAGCAUUGAGGUUUAUAUCUGUCAGUAAACGUUUGUGUUGGUUUAAUUUGAAGCACUAAAACAACCAAAACUAUUAGUUAAACUAUAUAAAAUAAAAAAAUGAUAAAAACAACAAAAUUACAAAAACGUGACCUUUUACGAUUCUAAAAUAACAUUAUUGACGCGCAAGCGCAACUCCGUCAUCCGUCUUUCCCGCUGUAAUGAUGGAAAAGAACAGACAGCAGGACUUUCCUCUGAAUAACGCGCUACAGGAGGUUCUUCAUCAGGGCGCGACGCGCGCGCGGGAGCUGAGAGACGCGCAGCAACAGCUACACGCGCUACAGGCGUCUCUGGCAGAUGUGGAUCAGAGCUGCGAGUGUGUGUGUUCUGCGGUGAGUCUGAAGGAGAAGCAGCUCAGCGUCAUUUACUGCGACACGGACCGGAUCCGCAGCAGCAUCAUCAGUCUGAACACACACAUCGAGUCGAUUCUGCUGGAGAACCUGCGGCUCACACACUCCGUGGAGGAGCAGCAGGAGCUGAUGCGCUCACAGCUGGCGGAGUUCGACUCGUAUCGAGCGGAGACUCUCAGCUUCCGGUCCGCGGUGUCGGCGCUGGAGACUCGAGCUCUCGUCCAUCAGGAGCUCCAGCAGAAACAGCAGGAGGUGUGUGUUCUAAAGGAGAUGAAGACGGAUCUGCAGAACCCCGCCGGCAAAGCAGUCCGCCAGGCACAGAAGGAAAUUGACGUUCUUAAGGCGAAUAUUGACGAAGGCAGACGGACAUUGAGGGAGAGGAAAGCUCAACUGGAGGAGGAACAGCGAACACACACACAGCUGAGGAGAGAGAUCGAGAUUCAGCAGCGCAGGUUUGAGGCGGUCCUGAAGCGUCUGCGCAGUCAGCUGAUGAAGGCCCAGUCGGGACACUGGCAUCUGCGCAGUGACGUCACACACAUGGAGCAGCAGCUGCGCGACCUGCGCACUCGCCUGCAGGAACACCAGCUCUGACCAAUCACAAGUACACACUCCAACUAAUACAAGCAAGGCAUGGCAUUUUGAGGAUUUUUUUUUCACAUUUCUGUGGUCUGAAACAUUCCAAAAUUCAGAAAAAAAUCAAAUUCUGAAGAAAAAAAGUAGAAUUAUUUCAACAACAAAAAAUUUCAUGGCUUGCUUUAAUUGAAAAUAGCUACAGACUGAAUGGUUGUGUGCGCAAUGUCAAACUAUGCAACACGCACUGACCAACGGGACACACACUGAGUUAAACUAAUUUGAGCAGGUAUGGCGUUUUUUGGGGAAAAAUUUCCACAUUUCAAAAAUUCAGAAAAAAAAAAAAAAUUCCAUGGCUUGUUCUAAAUGAAAAUGCUCAAUGUCAAACUAUGCAAUGUGGAAUUUAAACUUCAUUGAAUUGACACGCACAGUUCUAUUUUUUUUUUUUUUUCAGGCAGAGUUCAUUAAAUGUUUUUUAGCAUCACAUUACAUGUAAACCUUAAAACAGGUUUUUAGUGAGAUGUUCUUCAAUCAGUAUUUUGUUAUGUAUUUAAAUGCACUUGUAACUAGAACCAGCUCAAAUGAAUCCUUUGACAACCCUAUCCAUAAAGACAAGCUGCAUAAAGCACAGGCUCACAUGACAUGGGCUCGUCUUCUCAUCUCUGCGAUGUUCAGGGGACGUGUGUUUGAGCACAACUAGUUCAUGAGUUUCCCAGCAGUUUUACAUUAAAAUAAAAUGCACAAAAUAUCA